AGUUCCGGUAUUUCAGGGCGGAGCAGGCGGAAGUAGGGGUGAGAAGCGGCUGCAACGCCGAGCGGAGGAGGCAGGAACCCAAAGGCAAGCAGGGGCUGGGUGGGGACCAUGGCUGGGAUCACCACCAUCGAGGCGGUGAAGCGCAAGAUCCAGGUUCUGCAGCAGCAGGCCGAUGAUGCAGAGGAGAGGGCCGAGCGCCUCCAGCGGGAAGUGGAAGGAGAAAGGCGGGCCCGGGAACAGGCUGAGGCUGAGGUGGCCUCCUUGAACCGUAGGAUCCAGCUGGUUGAAGAGGAGCUGGACCGCGCUCAAGAGCGCCUGGCCACUGCCCUGCAAAAGCUGGAGGAAGCUGAGAAAGCUGCUGAUGAGAGUGAGAGAGGUAUGAAGGUUAUUGAAAACCGAGCCUUAAAAGAUGAAGAAAAAAUGGAACUCCAGGAAAUCCAACUCAAAGAAGCUAAGCACAUUGCAGAAGAGGCAGAUAGGAAGUAUGAAGAGGUGGCUCGUAAGUUGGUGAUUAUUGAGGGAGACUUGGAACGCACAGAGGAGCGAGCUGAGCUGGCAGAGUCCCGUUGCCGAGAGAUGGAUGAGCAGAUCAGACUGAUGGACCAGAACCUGAAGUGUCUGAGUGCUGCUGAAGAAAAGUACUCUCAAAAAGAAGACAAAUAUGAGGAAGAGAUAAAGAUUCUUACUGAUAAACUCAAGGAGGCAGAGACCCGUGCUGAGUUUGCUGAGAGAUCAGUAGCCAAGCUGGAAAAGACAAUUGAUGAUUUGGAAGAUAAACUGAAAUGCACCAAAGAGGAGCACCUCUGUACACAAAGGAUGCUGGACCAGACUCUGCUUGACCUGAAUGAGAUGUAGAGCACCCCAGUCCCAUCCUGCCGCUGCUCCUCCCUCUGACCCCGACUCCGCUGAGGCCAGCCUGCCCGAAGCUGACCUUUAAACUGAGGGCUGAUCUUUAACUGGAAGGCUGCUUUCUCCUUUCGCCACCUCUCCCACCCCCACCCCUGUGUCCUUUUCGCCAAACUGUCUCUGCCUCUCCCCAGAGAGUCCAUUUGGGCUAGAGGCUGAGCACCUUUGGGAACAACGUUUAAGGGAAUGUGAGCACAAUGCUAAAUGUCUUUAAAAGCAUGUUGUGAUGUACACAUUUUGUAAUUAUCUUUUCUGUUGUUGUUGAUGUAGCAGCCAUUUGUAAAACAUUCCAGAUAAUUCCAUAGUUUUGAAGCAGCAGUCUAAUCCCUUUCUCACUUUUGGAAGGUAACUUUUCAGCUUAAUGCAUAUUGCCCUCUCCGUAGAGGAGAGGAAAAGGUAUGGGCAUGCCUUACUGAGAGCCAAACAGCCCAGAGAAGGACUCCAUUUUGGGAAACCUUAUUGCUCUGUAAAAAGUACCCGCCAAACCAGAAAGGUGAUUCCAGAAGGAGUUAGCCAAAAAAAAAAAGCUCUGUUCAGGUUUUCAGCUUUACGGUAUCUUUGGGCAACUUUUUUUUCCAUCAGAAGUGACCAGAUGAAAUCAAGAUGGUGAGACCUCUGAGACCAAAUCCUUGUCCCAGCUCUACCCUGUUCCCAACCACUCACAGAAUGGAUCAUGUGCCCCUUGUUUUGAGGCGACCACUUAUUUGCUCUCCCGCCUCCUUGAAAGAAAGGAAAGAAAAUUAUGUUUUACCACUGAUUUAGCCAUAUGAAACUCAUCUCAUCACCCUUUUCUGGGUCUGAAGCUGCUGUCUCUAAAAGUGCCAUCUCAUUGUGCAUUGUAUCAGUUAGUGCUGGAGAAAUCUUGAAUAGCUUAUGUACAAAAUUGUUUUUAAAUUUUAUAUUAUUUUGAAACUUUGCUUCUUUGGGGUUGGGGCACACUGGUCACCCCAUCUGGCUGUGAGAGCUCGCUACAGUCUGGGCUGGCAGUGUGCUGAUCUUUUAAAGUUUCUUUCCCUACCCAAUCCCCUCUUUUUGGUGAGGUUUCAGUGAGGUCAGUUAGGUGUGCAUCCUACAGCUUAAUUGGCUUAAAAUGUACUCCCCUUUGGUGUGGUCUCUUUGGGGGCCGAUUGGGAGAAAGAAAAAACAAUAGUGUAACUGUUUUGAUACUGAACAUUGAUAAAUGUCUUUUUGAAAUAAAGAACCAGUCCCUCCAA